CUUGGCUCUCUCGCGCACGCGCGCUGCUCGCUUCUCAGGGCAGAUUCUACCGAGGUGAAAACUAUCUCUUUUGAGGGGAAGCGAUAACUAGAAGCAGUGCGGAAAAGGCGGCGAGGGCAUCAGACCCACGCGUACUCUGUGGUUCCCUUCCCUUUACCUGUGCUCGCGGUCGCCCUUGUUGCCCCGAAGGGAGCUCCUUGGCUGAGGGAGCUUGCGCGCCUACGGUGGCCGGAAGGAGCCAAAGUCGGAGCCUUGGGCGACACCCGCGAGCCCCACCCUUUCACCCCCACGUGGCUGCGUAGACCCGUAUGCAAAGAUGGCUUCCAAGCGAAUCACACAGGAAACCUUCGAUGCUGCAGUGCAGGAGAACAUUGAGGAGUUUGAGAUGGACGCUGAGGAGGCCGUUCGAGAGGCGGUGGAGCAGUUUGAAUCACAAGGGGUUGAUCUGAGCAGCAUUGUGAAGGCAGCACCGAAAGCGUCUGUGGACAGUCUCCAGGAGCCCACGCAUGAUGUCCUGCAGGUCCUUAACGAUCUGCAGGAGUCCCUGAAUGGGUCUCGGCCCCAGGAGGUGUCAGCCCACCUUGUCCGCUUCUGCGACCAGUGCAGGCAGCAGAAGGCCAGCCGCUACCUGGCAGCCCAGAAGGGGGCCUACCCAGUCCUCCUGGCUGCCUGGCAACUUGCUGCCACAAGUGACCAGGGCCUUCUGCUCCAGGCUCUCAGUGCCCUGGCGGUGCUGACUGAUGGCCAGCCUGACCUUCUGGACGCCCAGGGCCAGCAGCUGCUUGUGGCCACACUGGCACAGAAUGUCUCCAGCACUGAACUCACCUCUUGUGGGAUCCGCUGUGUGCGCCAUGCCUGCCUGAAACAUGAACAGAAUCGACAGAGUCUGGUGAAAGCCGGAGUGUUGCCCCUGCUAAUCGCUGCUAUCACACAGCAUGGCCAGCACGCCGAUGUGGUCAGGGAGGCCUGCUGGGCCUUGCGGGUCAUGACUUUCGAUGAUGACAUCCGAGUGCCCUUUGGCCAUGCCCAUGAGCAUGCAAAAAUGAUUGUUCAAGAGAACAGAGGCCUGAAAGUGCUGAUUGAGGCUGCCAGAGCGUUCCCUGACAACCCGGGAGUCCUGAGCGAGCUCUUCAGCACCCUGUCCCGCCUGGCUGUGCGCAAUGAGUUCUGCCAGGAAGUCAUCGACCUUGGAGGCCUUGGCAUCCUUGUGACCCUGCUGACUGACUGCAGCGACCACCAGGUGGAGCCAAAAGGUGACUUCCCCUUGUCAUCCACACAGGACCUCGUGAAACAAGUGCUCAGUGCCCUGAGAGCUAUCGCGGGCAACGACAAUGUGAAGGAUGCCAUUGUCCAGGCAGGCGCUACAGAGUCCAUUGUGGCUGCCAUGACUCGCCACCUGGCCAGCCCUCAGGUGUGUGAGCAAAGCUGCGCGGCGCUCUGCGUGCUGGCCCUGCGCAAGCCUGAGAACAGCCGCGUCAUUGUGGAGGGUGGUGGUGCGCUGGCAGCCCUGCAGGCCAUGAAAGCACACCCGCAGGAGGCCGGCGUCCAGAAACAGGCUUGUAUGCUGAUCCGAAACCUGGUGUCCCGCAGCCAGGUCUUCUCCAAGCCCAUCCUGGAACUGGGGGCAGAGGAGCUCAUUUCACAAGCCCGAGCUGCCCACCCAGACUGUGAGGAUGUAGCCAAGGCUGCAUUACGAGACCUGGGCUGCCGUGUGGAGCUUCGUGAACUGUGGACAGGAAAGAGGGGUGACCUGGCACCAUGACCCCAGCCCAGCUCCAUGAGUGAGGUGCUUCUGUCAAAGCUGGUUCCCCAAGAUCCAGUGGUGGGGGAAGAGAAGUGACUGCUGCCCUGUUGUCCUCUGACCUCCAUAUGUGUGCUAGGGUGUGCACACGCACAUCAUAAUAAUAAAUGAUGUGAUUUAGAA